GUUUUGGAGGGAGCGCGUCUGCGUCACACUUGUCAUGCGUCGGCGCAUAUGACGUCACCCCCUCGCGCCUCGCCCCUCACGGUCAUUCAAUGAUUCAGUGAUAAACACAACUCGAAGGCGCGUUCUCGUUCGUCGCCAUCGCUCGUCGCUCCGACUCGCUCCAAUCCAUGAGCUGAUGAAGGACGUGUAGUGACCAGUGAAGCCACGAGCAUGACGGUGGCUUGCAGGCAACCAUCGCCGCAGGAACAACGGCGGUUUUACCAUAUUCUAGAAAAUGACUGAAGGUCGUCAACAUGACAAGUCGAUGUGCAUACGCAUCUGGUUGGAGGUGGGUCACGCGUGUGAGCCACAGCGUUCGUCGUCCGGCCGCGCCGACUGGCGGGUGUGGGUCCGCGGCGUGGCCGGCGCUGACAUCAGCAACUUCGUGCACAAGGUGGUUUUCCACCUGCACCCGGCUACAGAGUUCGUCUAUCCUAAGAGAGUUCUCCAAGAGCCGCCAUAUGAGAUUCAAGAGUCUGGCUGCGCGUCAAUCGAAAUUCCUAUCCACGUGUACCUGAAAUACAGCGCCAAGCCGAAGAGGAUACGGCUUAAAUAUAGUUUACUGAUAGAAAAUAGCGCACGGAGCAGCUCGGAGUCCCGGUGUAUCUACUACGACUUCGGGAACCCGUCCGAGCAGCUCCGACAGUGUCUCAUGAAGGCUGGAGGCGAAGUCAUCGCCAGAACAGGCGCGUUAACACACCCUGGCAGCUUGCUCGUAGUCCUAUCUGACAGCGGCGAAGAGCGGCGACGCCACAGCAAACAAAAGAAGUACGAAUUCGUCGAACCCAUUCAGACUAAAGAGCAUUACGAGAAGAAAGUUUAUGACCGCUCCAAGUGCGAAUCGCCGGUGGAUUUUAGAAGUUUGCUGAGACAGGUGUCGAUGACAGAGGACGAGAUAAAGCACGUGUCGCAGCUGUAUUUAUCGUACAGUAGUUAUGAGAAGUCCGGUGACGCGCUGCCGCUGCCGCCGCUAUCGGAUCCGAUUUAUCAGGUGCCCGAGUUGCCGGCAUCGCUGCGCCGUGCGCUCACCAGCGUAGAGGCCGACUAUGCGAUGCAGUGACCCCUUAAGCUCUGUAUUCACAUACUUGCAAGGGCGGAAUGACAAUGUUAUUUCUGGCCUCUCGCCCAUGCAUGACUUUGAAUACGGGGAUACUCAAGCGAAGCAGUAUAAAAGCGUAGGUACCUACUUCUUUUGCUCAUAGUUAACUAUUACCCGUACUUUGAAAUUAGUAAUAUACUAAGCCUGGAUCGCUUGAGAACCGUUCUCGCCCUCAUUUUUUGCAACGCUGUAAAAUAAUAAUAGUUGCCACAGCUCAGUAGUCAAUCUCGAAGCUCGUAGUCUACGGUGCCAUUUGACACUUGCCAUUGCACUUGUCGUUAUAUUGUUCUUAUUUUAAUUAUGUUUCUAAUUAUAUUUACUGUUAAUUUAAUGUGUCUUUGUCCAGAGAUUUAUUUAUUUUGUGUUUUUUUUUUAUUUAUUUAUUCAGAACACAUACAGUCAUACAAGAUAUAUAAGUCAGAGGUGCGUAAUACGCACAUAAAUCUUAAUACUGAAAAGACCUGGAGGUUCAUAAAAUAUAUGUGUUAAUAUGUGUUAUCAUUACUAUGUUGUUUAAGUUACUAUACGUUAGUCAUAAUUAUCAAAGUUCAAGAGUAAUAUAUUUUUUACGAUAAUUUCUGUUAAUGUGUGCUGUGACUAAGAUCUCAGAUUACUUUUUUCACUGACAGGGUGAUAGAGGUGCUAGAAUAAUUUUAAGCUCAUAUCAAAAUUAUAUAUUUCUGUACAUAUAUAGUACCAAGUUAGGUGCUUUUAUUACUUGUUCUUUUUAGGGUUCUGUAGUCAACAAGAAGCCGUUUUCGGAGCUUAGUUUAAAUUAAAUAGGUUGUGUACCUAUUUUAUUGUAGUACCUAGCGGCUACGGAACCCUACACUGAGUAUGGCCUAUGGCCCAACAUGUUCUUGGCUGGUUUUUAUGUUUACGAAUAGUUUAAGG